CGCGGCCGCGUUCUCGGCCCAGCGCGUCCGGAGCGCCGCGGGUGUGUGUGCGGCCGUGCGGGGCCCCGUGCCCGCGGGAAGGGGCCGUGUGGCCGCGGCGGCGGGGAAGGAGCGGAGGCGGCGGGGCAGGAACGGAGGCGGCGGGGCAGGAACGGAGGCGGCCCGGCGCGUCCCCGGAUGCUGGUUGUGCCGCUCCGGGCCGGGCUGCGGCUGCUCCCGCCGCUCCGCCUGCGGCACCGGGCGCCGGGCGCCAUGAAGCUGCAGUCGCCGCAGUUCCAGGCGCUCUUCACGCCGGGGCUGCGCAGCGUGGCAGAAUUGUUUGAGAAGAAGAACUAUGAGCUGAGAAUAGCAGGAGGUGCUGUGAGGGAUUUACUGAGUGGAAUGACACCCCAAGAUAUCGAUUUUGCCACUACAGCUACACCGACAGAGAUGAAGGAAAUGUUCACAUCUGCUGGUGUUCGUCUGAUCAAUAACAAAGGAGAAAAACAUGGAACCAUUACUGCCAGGCUCCAUGAACAGAAUUUUGAAAUUACUACUCUUAGAAUAGAUGUUGUCACCGAUGGACGACACGCAGAGGUUGAGUUCACCACUGACUGGGAAAAGGACGCUGAAAGGAGGGAUCUCACUGUCAAUUCCAUGUUCUUAGGUUUGGAUGGGAUGCUGUAUGAUUUCUUCAAUGGAUACGAAGACUUGCAAAACAAGAAAAUCAGAUUUGUAGGAAAGGCCAGUGAGAGGAUACAAGAAGAUUAUUUACGAAUCCUGAGAUAUUUCAGGUUUUAUGGAAGGAUCGCAGAACAACCUGGUGAUCAUGAACCUAGCACACUGCAGGCCAUCAAAGAAAAUGCCAAAGGUUUGGCUGGAAUAUCAGGAGAAAGGAUUUGGGUGGAACUGAAAAAAAUCCUCCUUGGCAACCACGUUAAUCAUUUGGUUCGAGUUAUGUACGAGCUGGAUAUCGCCCAGUACAUAGGGCUACCACGUGAUGGAAACUUAGAGGAAUUUGACAGAGUCACUGAGAAGAUUCAGAAUCUGUGUCCAAAACCCAUGACUGUCCUGACAUCCUUGUUCAGGGAGAAAGAUGAUGUCACAAACCUUGAUCUGAGGCUGAAAAUCUCAAAAGAAGAAAAAAACCUUGGCCUCUUUUUAGUGAAGCACCGUCAAGAGUUAACCAAAGCCACGGGUGUAGAGCCACUCAGACCCUAUCAGGACUUCAUCAUGGAUUCUAGGGAAGCUAGUACCAAUUCCAAGAUCUGUGAGCUGCUCAAGUACCAAGGAGAAGAACACCUUUUAAGAGAGAUGCAGCAAUGGACUGCUCCUUCCUUUCCUGUCAGUGGCCAUGAUUUAAGAAAAAUGGGGGUGUCUUCAGGAAAAGAAAUCGGAAUAGCAUUGCAGCAGCUGAGGGAUGAGUGGAAGAAGAGUGGGUACCACAUGGAUAAAGAAGAACUGUUGAGUUGCCUGAAGAAGCUGUAAAAUUGAGUGAUGGCAGAGAACUGUUUGUGGCCCAUUCCAAGGGGAACUGAGAUACCGGUAAAUACUGUCAGUUGUAAGAGGCUCAGCCAGCUCUGUUCUCCCGAUACUCAUUUGUAACUUCCACAAGGAGAAGUUUAGUGCUGCAGUACUGUAAAAUGCAGUUUGCCAAAUCCCACAGUCUCUGCCUCCUUUUGUUGUGUUUUAAUGAUAAAUCUUUAACUGCUUUAUCUUGACCUUGGGUAUCAGAGGUGACACCAAGCUACAUCUAAGGAAACAAAAAGCAGCAGAAGAGGUAUUUGUGUCCCCUAGAUAGAAUCAUGGGAGGGUUCAUGCCUAGGAGUGUCUUAAUUAUUAACACUUAAUAAUAAUCUUAAUUAAUAAUCUCUAACUGUUUUUGUGCAUAAAGUCAGAUGUCAGACUGAAACACUCACCCCAGCAGUUCUCAGACCGUCAUGCCCUGUGAAACCAGUCUUCCAUCCAGACUGCCGUGUUGCAUAGCUCCAGAAUGAGUUGUAAUGAAAAGCAUGACUCAGCCAAGUUGUCAGCACAACCUUCUUGCCUCUUCAGUAGUCAGUGACCACAGCUUACCAGCCCCGGCUUUUUGGCUGUGCUUUACACAAACCCCAAGGGGCUGGCUCUAAGCAACAGCAUCUCCUCUGGGUAUAAAUCUUACUGCAGGUUGAAGUUUUCCUACAAGACCAGGGCAGUGAAUAAAAUCCUUUGGAUUUCACUUUCCUCCACUCUUUGCAGCAGUAGAUGGCACUAACAGCGGAGCCUCUAUGCUUCCAGCCAGACAACUUUCCCAGCUGCUUGCUAGUCUUGUUUUUAAGUCAGUUACUCUAAAUGAAUCCCUCUGAAGGUACUUUGGGAAUUUCAGGGAGAGACCAAGGGAGGAAAAAAGUGCUGUUUUUCUCUGUUAGUAAGGCAAAUCUAAGAACAUGCUGGUGUUUGAUUUAAUUAUGUCAUUAAACUGAAGCCUCCUUGUA